UUUUUGACUCAAUGAAAGCUAUAACGGCUACUUGAAAGACGACCGUUGGUUACGUGUACACAUAGCACGCUCACCGAGGCGCAUCCUUCCUCUUCUCUUUCUUUGUCACAAACACAACACAGCACCCUUCACACACUGCACAGUGCCUCCUUUCUAGUUUCUACUAUCUGCUUCUUCUUCUUCAAUUAGGGUUUUCCCCUUCUCCGAGAUCAGCGCCAACAUCAUGAACAUGAAUAUCUUCAAGAAGAAAACCUCACCCAAAGAGGCUCUGCGGUCAAGUAAGAGGGAAAUGGCUGUUGCAACCAGAGGAAUUGAAAGAGAGAUAGCAUCACUUCAGAUGGAGGAAAAAAAAUUGGUGGCAGAGAUUAAAAGAGAAGCAAAAACAGGAAAUGAGGCUGCCACCAGAAUCUUAGCUCGUCAACUUGUUAGGUUACGUCAACAGAUAACCAAUUUGCAGGGAAGUCGUGCUCAGAUCAGGGGUGUAGCAACUCACACACAGGCAUUAUAUGCAAGCACUUCAAUCUCUACAGGAAUGAAGGGUGCAACUAAAGCAAUGGUGGCAAUGAAUAAGCAAAUGGCACCGGCAAAACAGGUUAAAGUGAUCAAAGAAUUCCAAAAGCAAUCAGCGCAGUUGGACAUGACGAUUGAGAUGAUGUCAGAAUCUAUUGAUGAAACUCUAGACAAAGAUGAAGCUGAGGAAGAAACAGAAGAGCUCACUAACCAGGUUCUUGAUGAGAUUGGAGUGGAUAUUGCAUCCCAGUUAUCUUCUGCUCCCAAAGGGCGUAUUGCUUCAAGGAAUACUGAAAAUGUUGCUCCAAGACCAGCAGAAUCCCAAGAUGUCGAAGAACUUGAAAAGAGAUUGGCUUCUCUUCGAAGAAUUUAAAUCUCUGCUACAGCCUGUACCCAUAUAUAUGUUUCUUAAUGUACAAAUCAUUAUAUAUAGCAAUGGAGAGAUUGUACUAUUGGCACCUCUUUUAAUUACCAAUUUUAUGCUGUGAUGUGUGUUUGGAUAUAAAGAACUAGUAAAAAUAGUUUUAGACUGGAAUAUAUAUUACUAUCCCAAACAUUUAUUAUAUAUACUAUAUAGCAAUGGAGAGAUUGUACUAUUGGCACCCCUUAUAAUUACCAUUGAUCAGUUGGGAAUUUGUAAA